AUGUCCUCCGACAGAAUUAUGUUGAAUGGAAUGCGAUUCUACGGCUACCACGGGGUCAACCCGGAGGAGAAGGCCUUGGGCCAAACCUACCUGGUAGACUUGGUGGCCGUGCUAGACUUGAGCCGUGCCGCGCAUUCGGACCACUUGGAAGAUACUGUAAGCUACAGUCACAUGUACCGAGCCGCCAAAGCUGUCGUUGAAGGAGAGUCCCUCAACCUGCUGGAGGCCCUUGCGCAGAACGUCGCCAAGAGGCUCCUCUCAGAUUUCCCGCUGGAGUCCGUCACCGUUACUGUCAAGAAACCCAACCCACCCAUUAAAGGCUCUUACAUCGACCACGCCGCCGUACAAAUAUAUCGAGAGCAAACUGCGCUGCAAUAA